AUGCUUCAAGGUGAAGUUAAGUAUGGAAGCACCUUCCGUUUUAAAAAGUGAAAAAACAUUUCCCACAUUUAACACAAACUGGGUUUUCUCACUGAAACAAAAUAAAAUGGGCUAACAUAAGCUCCAGGCAUUUCACCCCGGUAUGGCUCCCCUUUAUCACAUACACAGCCCAACAAGACAAUGACAAAAAUCCACCAACAGAAUUCAAAUCAGUAUGGCUAACCUGAACCAAAACACCCCACCCCACUCACACAUGAAAACAAAGACCACCACAGCCAUCCACAAAUCAACAACCACACCCUAGGCCAACCCCAACCUCUCUCACCACCAAAGGAACACAAGUGAACAGCAGAAAACCUGCACACCAAACCCUACAUAUAUUAAGUAAAAUAGAAACAUCGCCACCCGACGCCACCCCCACCCAUCUUCCCCCCACCCCUCCACCCCUUUCCCCCUUUUCUUCCUAACGUCUCAACAAAUGAAACUGAUUUGUAAAAAUGUUACAUGGAAAAAGUACAAGAGAGAGACAUUGCACAUAUUUUUGUAAAUCAAGAAAAUCUUUAAUAAAAAUACAUUUUUUUUAAAAAAAGCUCCAGGCAUUAGAGACCAGUCCUCUUGGUCUCUUCAAAACAUUAGGCACCAACAACACUAUAAAAACAUAUAAAGAAAUAAACUAGCUAGCUAGCAAGCAAGCAUGUGGUCGGGGAGAGAGCAUCAAAACACUAUUAACUAAUACACUAAAUAAUACACAUAGCAAUCAAGGCACACAUGUUCCGAAUACUUUAAAUCUGAACCCCUUUCUCUGCAUUUGACAUCAGUACUUUGUUACUUAAGACUUGGCACACAAGAGCUAUUUUGCUCCCACUGUUCUAUCUUUGGUUAAACAUAUAGGAACACGAUAAGUCAAAGAGGCUGCUAUAAUCAGGAUUUAAGACAGCAACAGGUGGCAGCGCUUAUCGAGUAAACUAAGGAGAAUCUGGAAUCCACUCAAAAGGCUGAGUAAAGUCUUGCCUUGAUCAAGAAGAACACAGAACAUUCCUGGCAAUUGUGGUCCCCUCUCUCUUUGUGGAUGAUCCUUUGGCUUUGAAGCAGAAUUGCCUUUUAAAAAAAUCUAGAAGUUCCCUCCCCUGUUAAGUAUUCCUGGGCAUUCUUACAAUCAACCGCAGGAAAGAAUCCAAAGGUAAUAUGUAAAUCAAUACAUACCCCUCCUCUCUCGCUCCAUGCAUAAAUAGCCUGAGCAAAAUUCCGCUCAUCAGCCCAACCUCUCUUAAAUAUGCAGCUGGCGACGUCAUUGUUUUUGUUGCCAAUUCCCUUGCUGGUCUCCUUCCUCUGGCUACUUUAGUCCCAGCUGAGGAACUGGGAAUCCAGACUGCACUGGGAGAUGAAGAGAAGCUGAGGAAGCCCUGGGUACCACAGGCUGAAGCUCUGUGCUCCAUCAAUCCCCUUCAGGUAGACCAAGAGAUGUUCUGUUUUAUAUGCAUAGAUCUUCCUUCUAUCUUCAAAGAUGAUAGAAAACUUAAACACCCAAAGUUUGAGAACAGUCUGACAUUUAAAGCAUCUUGUGUUUAUGCAGAAAAUGUCUCAUUAGUCCUUCCUGGUUCUAACCGUGUGUAACAUUGAAGUUUCCCUAGUUUUUAUUUAUUUAUUAAAAAAAUAUGAUAUAUUAUAUAAUGCUUGCUGGCUGCAAUCAUUAGCAUUUAUUUUAUCAGGGUACACCUGUUCCUUUUCUAUGGGCGGGACUACAAUUUUAUGGCACCAACAGCUUUAUAUUAUUUGUCUCAUUUAUUCUCUUUCUACACUUGUGAGACAAAUUGCUAUUGUCCCCAGGAACUGAGACCAAUGAGAAAUGAAUUGAUCAGAGCCGCUUAUUAGGAUUGAACCCAAUAGUCAUGGCAGAUUUGACCUAAGGGCUGAUAGAACUGAAGGCAAUGUAGUGUUUGCAAUAUUAUUUACGAAGAUAGGCAAGGUCAAGUGUGGUUUCAAAUUGGACAGGGUGGCACAUGCUGAGAUUCUUGCAUUCCUCAGGUUCCUUCCAACUCUACAAUUCUACGAUUCUUUGAUUUGAUGAUUCUAUGCUGAUCUGACAUUGCACAAGGCUGUUUUAACAUAAUGGUUGAGAAACAAGCUGUGGGCUGCAAGUCUGAACUAAAUCUCAGCUCAGCGGUGAACCUUAGCUUUAAGCCACUAUUUCUCAGCCUGAGCUUUUCAUCUGCAAAACAGAGAAAACAGCAUGGUGACAUACCUUACAGGGUUGUUUGUAAGAAUUACUGAGAAAAUGUACAUGAAGCACUCUUAAAAAUGCACUAUUUAAAUGUUUAUUAUUGUUAAUGUAUUUUAAAAAUAAUACUAUGAGGUUUUAUGAAACUCAGCCAGAUGGGCAGGGUAUAAAUUAUUAUUAUGAGUUUAUAAUGCCAACACUACCAAAGUAAUGUUUGAUGGUAUUAUUGCUUUCAAUUUUCAAUUCUAUACACACACGGUUGGUAUUAAGUCCGCUUAUACUCAGUGGAAUUAAGGAUGUAAUCAGUGGGACUUACUUUUGAAUAAAAAAAGCAUAGGUUUGCACCAUUACUUUCACUAAAAAAGGCACAGGAUUGAUGGUAAAUUUCUUUAUCCAUGACUUACCUAGAGAACUUGAAAAAUUAAAUAAAAACAUGAAGACCCAGACUGGCUGCGGUUAACUAAAUGGAAAUCUUUGCUGCUUAUAAUUUUUUUUUUGGAAACUGGUAGUGCAGCCUCUUAAGCAAAAUUCAGCAUUUUGUAACUACGUACAGAAGAAGAAUAGCACUUUUCAAAGAUGUAUGGACCAAAGCAUUGCCAAAAAUGUAGAAAAGCUGAUGGGAACUGUGGUUUGUACCAAUCAUUGUGAAGACUUAUGGUCUUAGAAGACAACUAACCUCCAUGUGGGUUAGUCGCUUUGCUAAGAAAAAUGACUGAGAGAUGAAAAACAAUGGGCAACCAGAUGUUCCCUUCACCCUGACCAUUGGCCAGGGAGAGGACGAGAACUGGAGCCUAGUAAAAUCUGACCGUCCCCAGCUAUCCCAUUCCCUCAAGGGAAUGAAAUCAUGGUUUUUCUUUUUAAAAUAAUACAUAUUAGGAUUUUAAUCAUUACAUUCCCCUCCAAGUGUGGUUGCCAAUGACAAAACCAUAAAUAAAGGUAUUGUUAUUUAUCAUUAUUAAGAAAAAGGAUCGCAAAUCCAAAUGAGAUCCUCAGGAUUCCAGUGUGUGUGUGUGUGUGUGUGUUUGUGUAUAUAUAUAUUUGGUGACAUGGAGAAUAGAGCCUGUUUCACAGCAGAAAUUGAAGAAGGCGAUAAACUGUUAGAGAUACCUCCUGCUUUUUUUUUUUAAAUCUCUUACUCGCUCUAAAGGUUAGCAGUUGAAAUAACAUUUACUUACAGCGGUAUAAAUAGUGUUGGAGCAGCUUUCCGAUUUCCACACGUCUUGUUUUGUUGGGCUUUUCUCCUUGUUCUUUAGGAGAGGACAAGGUUGAUCUCAAGGACAACGCGAAACGAAAGGUGGCCCUUGGCGUUUCCCCCCACGGCCUCAGAUCUCCCCUCGUCUCUUCGUAGCCAUGGAACGGUCCACACAAGAGCUCUUCCUCAACUUCAUGAUUGUACUGAUCACGGUUCUCCUCAUGUGGCUUCUGGUGAAGUCAUACCAAGACUGAAAGACUCCCUCCUACCCCUUGGGAGUGAGUGA